ACACAUUCACGAUAAACUAAAAAAUAUUUAUAUCAUUAAAAUAAAUAAAUAAUGAAUAAUUUAAAAGAAAUAUAAUAAUUGUUUAUAUAAUUAUAAAAUGCAAACUGAUGUGACAAAGUUACCAGUUGUUAAUUGUGAUUCAAAAAAAAAUAAUAAAAAUAGAGAAAUUUUUGAAACACCAAUUGAAAUUAGUAAUCAUACAAAAUGCAAGGGUACACUGUUACUUCAAUCAAAUCAAAAAAAAUUAAAUCCAUUACUUGCUGGUGGACCAUAUAAAACAAGUAUGAAAUCAGCAAAUCAUUUAAUUGGUGAUUCUAAAAAAUCAACAACUAAAAAUCCAGUUGGUCAAAGAAUAAUAUCAGCUAAAAGUUUAAGAGUCAAAGAAUUACAAAAUCAACUUGCAGAUGCUCAUUAUCAUUUAAAUGAAUUAGCAAGUGAAAAUAGAUUAUUAAGAUCAAUACAAAAAAGACAAGACUCUGCAUUAAAAAAAUAUGAAGGAACAAAUGCUGAAUUACCAAGAAUAAUAAAUUCUCAUCAUGAAGAAUUAAAAGUAUUACAAAUAAAAUAUAAAAGUUUAAGAUUACAAUACAAACAAACAUGUGAUUUAUUAAAAGAAAAAGAAAAUGAAAUUCGUUCAUUACAGAGUCAAAAUAGACAUUUAUUACAAUUGAGUAAAGAUCGUCAUUUAGGUGAAAGAGAACAAUUAAAAAUGCAAGUUUCAGAUUUAAAUUUAAGGCUUGAAAAACAACAAGAAAAAAUUCAGAUGUUAAAUAAAAAAUUAACACUAGAAACAAAAAGUUUAAAGCAUCAACUUAAUAGUGAAAUAGCAAAACAUAAAAUAACAGAAAAACAAUUAUUUGAUUCAUUGGAAAAAUUAACAGCAAUGGAAUAUUUAAUGGAUAAUCGUGAAAAACGUUUAUAUCAUAAUAAUGGACAAAUUCCAACAGGUAUUAAUAAAAAAAAAUCAAUGACAAGUCAAUCAUUGACAAAUUUACAAACGACAAUUAAAUCUUCCACUAAAAAUCGUGAUACAAUAAAAAAUGAUUUUAAAAAUCAAAGUUUGCCAAAAUUAAUGAUUAAUGAAUCAAAUGAUUUAAAAUUAUCAAAUAAAAAAUCUGAAUUACCAAUUAAAAAUGAAAUUGAAAAACCUAAAACUGAAACAAUGACAAGUUUUCAACAAGUUAGAAAAUUUAAAUUACAAAGAUCACCAUUAAGUCGUCACAGUUCAGCUCGUGCAAUGUUAACUGAUUAUGAUAAUAAAUCAUCAAGAAUACAGUAUAAUAAAAAUUUUAAUAAUUCAACACCUGAUGAUAUUAAUAGGCUAAAUGAUUAUCAAGAUGGUGCUGAUGAAGAGAUACAAAAUAUCAUGAAAAAUUAUAAUUCAAGUCAAUUUGAUGAUAAAAGAAUUCAUCAAAUAUCAGAUGAUGAUUUACUUAAACAAUAUAAUUAUUCAUCAAGUGAAGAUGAUGUUGAGGAAGAUGCUAAUGAUGAUGAUGAUGACGAUGAUAAUGACGAUGAUAAUGAUGAUCCAGUUGAUCCAGUUGAAAAACAUGAAAUAGCAAUGUCAACAAGUAAAUCAAGACAACUUCAUGCAAGACUGAUUAAUGGUAGCAUUGAAUCAUUGAGCCAACAAGUAUCAUUUAAUCAUGAAAAGAUAUCAAAUAAUUAUCAUAGAAAAAUUACAAGAAUAAAAAAUAACACAAGUCCAUUAACAAAUGAUACAGAAAAUCGUGAUAAUAUUGAUGAUAUAUUGCUGAAAAAUAAGCUAACUGAUAAUAUUGAUGAUAAAAAAUAUCCAUUGAAUUAUGAACAUGAAAGUAGUCGUGAGAGAUUAUUAAAUUUAACAAAAUCAUGGACAGAAAUGAAAGAAAAUAUAAAACGAGAACGUGAAAUAUCAGAAAAACAAUUACAAUUACUUGAUAAUCAUGAUGAUCAUGAUGAUAAUAGUAAUGAUAAAGAUGAUCAAAAAUUAUUACGUUAUUUUGAAAGAGACAUUGACAAUGAUGAUGUUAUGUAUGAAAUACAUCCAGCUGUUAAAAAUUCAGAUGAUAAAUUAAAAAAUAAUAAAGUUUUACGUGAUGAUAAUGAUGAUAAUUUGAGUAUUGAUAGUUCAUCAAAAGAAGGCAAUACACCAGAAACAGUUAUUGAAAAUAAAAGUGCAAUAAAAACUGAUGAUAAUCAUGAUAAUUCAAUAAUUAAUUUUGAUAAAAAAAAAUUAUUAGAUGCUAUGAAAGCCAUUGAUAAUAAUGAAAAUGUUGAAUUAAUUAAUAAUCAAAAAAUACGUAAUGAUAAUAUAACAACAAGAUCACAAGUUACUGAAAAUCUUUAUCGUGGAUUACCAACACAUGUUAGAAAAAGAGAUGAUAUUAUCAAAGAUAUAUUUGGUGAGACAAAUAAAAUUGAUAAUAAUCAUAAUAAAAUACGUAAUCGAUGUAGUAAAUUACAUUGAUAUUAUUUAUUUAAAAAUAAUUAUUUUUUAUUAAUUUAAUUUGUGUCAAUUUUGAUUAUUUAUAUUUUAUAUUUACUGAAAAAAAAAAACAAAUGAUUAAGUAAGAAUAAAAAUUAACAAUUAAUUGACAA